AUGCAGACCGCCGUGGUGGUGGUGGUGGCGCUGCUGCUCCCCCUCUCCGCCUUGCUGCGCUUAGGCUGCUUAGCCACGGCCACGGCCGCCGCCGACACCAACCGGACCAGCAGCGGCAACGACACGAGCUGCGCGCCGGCGAGAUGCGGAGGCCUGAACAUCACGUACCCGUUCUCGCUCGCCGGCGUGCAUCCGUUGGAGUGCGGCUACCCGGCCUUCGGGCUGACAUGCGACGCUGCUGCUGGCAGGGCCUACCUCAGCAGGACGUUCAGGGUGAACCUGUACCGCGUGCUCAGCAUAUUCUACGACAACCGUUCCAUGCUUGUGGCAGUGGAGACCGCCUUCUCCGGCGACGGGGCGUGUAGAAUCCCGGACUUCAACGUGUCCUCUGGCCUCGGCCUCUUCACGGUCAACAUCAGCGCCACCAACAGGGACGACCUCACCUUCGUCUACAACUGCAAGAUUCCUCGCAACGAGCUGCUGACAGGGCCAUGUGCCAAGCACGCAGUUGGGGCUUACAUCUCCGAGAGGCCCGGCGACGUGGAGAACAGCCGGCCGCAGUGGGUUCAGGCGAACUGCAGCUCCGCGAGCGUGCCGGUGCGCGGGUUCCAAGAUGGGAUGAACCUGACUCGUGAGUCCGUGUACGAGUCAUUGAUCAGCGAUGGUUUCCUCCUGGACUGGCCGACGCUUGGAGACUGCGAUGCGUGCAAACUGAAAGGAGGGCAGUGCAGGUUCUUCGAGCUUUCCUUCCAAUGCGUCAAUUCGUCGACUUCUUCUCGUGAUGCAAAGAAGAAACAGAAUUUGAAGUUAAUUUUAAUAGUUGUCUUGUCCUCUACAGCCAGCUUGAUUCUUACUUGCCUUGUUUGGGUAAUGUACCGCAAGAAGAGAAAGGAAAAGCACGUUACAUCCAACCAAAAUUGCAAAAGCUAUGAAUCAAAUAUAGAGGAAAUACUAAAAGGAUAUGAUUCUCUCGUCCCAAAAAGGUACAAAUACUCAGAGGUAAAGAAGAUAACCGGAUCUUUCAAUGAUAAGUUAGGAGAAGGCGGCUAUGGCACGGUAUUUAAGGGGAAUUUAGAAGAUGGCCGGAAGGUUGCUGUGAAACUACUGAAAGGAUCAAAAGGAAAUGGAGAGGAGUUCGUGAAUGAGGUUGCGAGUAUCCGUAGGACAUCUCAUGUAAAUAUUGUCAAUUUACUUGGUUUUUGUUUACAUGGACCUAAGAGAGCACUUAUUUACGAAUACAUGGCUAAUGGUUCAUUGGAGAAGUAUAUACAAUCAGAAGAAACAAAAAGGGCCAUUGGAUGGGAAAAGUUGCGAGAAAUAGCAACAGGAAUUGCGCGAGGCUUGGAAUAUUUGCAUCGGGGCUGUAAUACACGGAUCAUCCAUUUUGAUAUCAAGCCAAAUAACAUACUUCUAGAUGAAGACUUUUGUCCCAAAAUAGCAGAUUUUGGAUUGGCAAAACUGUGUCAUCUUAAGGACAGUGCCCUCUCAAUGGCUGAAGCAAGAGGUACCAUCGGUUUUAUUGCUCCAGAAGUAUUUUCAAGGGGUUAUGGAGUUGUGUCCACCAAGUCAGACGUAUACAGCUACGGAAUGAUGUUGUUAGAAAUGGCAGGAGGAAGGAAGAAUCUUACAGAAGACACUGAGAAUUCUAGUCAACAAUAUUUUCCAAACUGGGUUCAUGACCGUUUGGUUAAAGAUUUACAAAGCCAUGAAGUCACAUGCAAGACAGAAGAGAUUGCAAAACAGAUGACCCUUGUUGGCUUGUGGUGCAUACAAACGACUCCAGAGAAUCGUCCAUCCAUGAGCAGGGUUAUAGAAAUGUUGGAGAAGAACCUAGAUGAAUUGGAAAUGCCCCCGAAACCAUUGCUUUCGUAUCCCUCGGUGCCGCCUCAUUUUUCAUCUGAACUUGGAUUGUUCUGCCGAGACUCAGGAGAGACCUCCCUUUCAACUAUCUUCCACAAUCCAACUCAAAAGCAAAUGAUUUGA